AUGGUUGCAAUGCCGGCCGGAUGCAUUAUCCGGUCGCCGGCGGGUCCUGUUGGUUGCUGCUGGCGUGUUGUGGCGGCGUUGCUGAUAAUUAGCUGUUUAAAUAAUCCUCCAGCGGUUGAAGCACAACAGAGACCGAAAAUUAACGAACAUCCGAAGGAUGCGGUAGCGGCGAAGGAUGAACCGCUCACCCUUAACUGCAAAGCGACAGGACGACCGCCACCGGAAUUUAUCUGGUACCAGAACGGGGUGCCGCUCGCACCAUCGGAUCGCCGUGUCGUGCUGCCCGAAGGAUCGCUCUUCUUCCUGAGAGUCACGCAAAAUAAACGGGAACAGGAUGCUGGAGUUUAUCACUGUGAGGCCCGUAACUCGGCAGGUGUUGCAAUCAGCGAGAAUGCGACGCUACAGAUUGCAGUGCUCCGUGAUGAUUUUCGACUGGUGCCAAAGGACACGGUGGCGCUCGUUGGUGGUCCCGUCGUACUCAACUGUACACCUCCACGGGGCAUCCCCGAACCGUCCGUGCUGUGGAUCAAAGACGGCAAGAUACUGGACAUUAAUGGCAAACAUCACUCACUCGUCGAUUCGGGCAGCUUGCUUAUCUCCGAAAUUCAACCAAGCGAUUCGGGUAAAUACGAAUGCUCGGCACAAAGUAUGGCCGGCACAAAAACGACCCCACCGGCUUACCUGAAGGUGCUUGCACCGCCCACCAUUGUGAAGAGUCCGCACGAUACGGAGGUGCUCGAGGGCGAAGGAUUCGAUCUUCCGUGCGGGCUGACCGGUGAUCCAAAACCGAUUGUAACGUGGCGUAAGGAAAGUGGCCGUUUGCCGGAAGGGCGCUCACGCAAACUGCUUGACAACACGCUGCGCAUUGAGGAUGCCCGGCAGGAGGACGAAGGCAAAUAUUACUGCGAAGGUCACAACGAGGGUGGCAACGUAACGAUAUCGGUGUAUCUUUACGUGUACGAGGCACCGACGUUUAUGGAAGCACCGGUGGAUGUGAUGAUCCGUGAGGGUGAACCGCUUUUGCUGCCCUGUCGGGCGAAGGGUCGCCCAGCCGUGCGAAUCUUCUGGGAUCGGAUCGAUCGGAAGCAUGUGGACAACAAUGAGGUGCACCAACAAAUGCGCGAUGAAGGUGAACAGUCUGCGGAUGGUUUGGGAGGCAGAAAGAAACGAGCAGUCAGUUGGGGCUUCCCGGAAGGUUACGCAUUUGCACCGGAGAUGGCAUCGUUCGUGGCGAAUGGGAGUGGCGAUGGGGGAACGGGACGCGGCAAUUGGUCGAUAAAGAUUGAACCCGUGUCCGAGCGGCAACUGUUGCAGCAGUAUCCAACGCGUGUGUCUGCCUUCCGCGCCGAUUCGAGCGAACGGAACCGGUUGCUUUUGCGCAGCAGAAGAGACACUCCACCGGAAGGGGAUCAUCAGCACGGAGAAGGCACUGUGUCACCGGAUGGUUCCACGGGUACGAUGGCUGCGACGACCGCCCAUCCGCACAGUAGUAGCGACAUUGUGUUUGAGGAGAACGGAAGCCUUUCGUUCCGACAGAUACUGAAGGGUGACGAGGGUUGGUACGCUUGUGCGGCAAUAAACGAAGCGGGCAGUAUCGUGAAAAAGAUCCACAUCAAGGUGAUGGCAGAGGGUGAGGCACCGGGCAGGGAUCCGAUACUGGAGUACGAACAGCACCGGUGGGUUAACGAUCAACAGUUUAUCGUGCUAAACAACGUGUUUACCGUGUCCGCGAACUCGAUCGGUAUUACGUGGGACGUCACGGACAGUACGUCCCGGAUGCAGCUCCGUAUGUACUAUCGCGUUGCCUCGAAACCGGUCGAUUACUAUCUGUACAAUUCGACGUUUAGCAGUGUACUGACAACGAGCAACUUGAAGGAGUUAACGCUCACGGGACUUCGACCGUACAGCGAGUAUGAAAUCUUUGCGAGCAUUCCCGAAGGUUUGGCGGGGUCCGUGUCGAAUAUACGGCGUGGCCGCACGCUAGACGGUCCACCAUCGGCACCACCGAUCGACGUGCGUGUUGGAGUGAUAAAUACCACGGCCGCUUUUGUACGGUGGUCACCACCUCCUGUACAUCUUCUGAAUGGAGAGUUGACAGGCUAUAAGAUACAAAUCAAGUCAAAUGCCACAAACAAAGUGUUAGGACAGAUGUCGCUUAAUUCUUCCACACAAUCGGUCGUCAUUAACAGUCUCACGCCUGGUGCGAUGUAUAUUGCUCGUGUUGCUAGUCUAACAGCUGGUGGAAUAGGUCCGUACAGUUCUCCCACACCGUUGCACAUGGAUCCACAAAAUAUAGUGAGAUCCGAUCCAACGCCAAGUUACUGGACCGCAUCUUGGAUGUCCGGUACGGCUAUAGUCGUGCUUUGUGUCGGACUGAUCAGUGCUGCCAUUUUCGCGAUCUUCUGGACGGUACGAAAGAAGCAAAGUGUUAAAGCAUCCUACCCGGGACCCUCGGUUACGACAAUUAUACCGGACAAGCAGCAUACGCUCUGGUUGCACGGGAAUACGCUCGUAAAAGCACCGUCGCACUCGCUGGAUCCACCCAGCACGUCCGAGUAUGCUGAACUGACGAACAACACGAUACAGUCCCAAACGAUGGGCAAGAUGAUGAUGGGUGGAAGCAUUCCACCGGAACCGUAUGCGACCGUAACGCUUCAGCGUGGUGGCAUGAUGACCCUCGGCGGACUUGGUGGUCCAAACGGUGGUGGCGGUGGCAUGGGGCCAACUCUGUCCGAAGAAUCGUGUCUUAAGUGCUCGAACGGUAAUAGCCCGACGUCGAGCAACGAGUACAAUGCACCGAUGAGGGAACCGAUCAACAUAUCGGACGUAUUACCACCACCACCGGAUCACCCGUAUGGCACGUAUCGGCCUCCGAACAAUAUGACGAUCCGUACAAAUCCAGCCGCCCUGUCUCCACAGAUGAUGCGAAAGAAUGGGAAUGCCGUUGGUGGUCAGGGGAAUGGUCAACCCCGGUGGGACACACUUCCACCGCCGAUUCCGAGCUUCCCCCAGAACUGGAUCCGACCCCAUCCUCAUCAGCAACAGCAGCAGCAUCACCAUCCGGAUAUGUACAACAAUGUGAACACGACGGAGAAUGACUACGAAAGUGGGUCCGUUCUGUACGAACAGUGCUAUCGCACGGGACCUCCGUCGAGUGGAGGUGCGAGUGUUGGUGGUGGCAGCGCUAUGACCGAUCCCAUGUUGAUCGGGGGCAAUAUCGAGUUCUUCAGUCAGGCGGGUGAACCCACGGAAGAGUUUUACCGCAACGUGAACCAGGAGUUCUCGGACGAUAUGGGUUUCGAGCCGGCGAGUCCACCGGCACCCUGUCCGGAAACGGUACCGUUCAACGGUGGCAAGUAUCUCGCAUCGUCCUCUAGCGAGAGCCCAAUGAUGACGGCUCGGAGACACAACAAUGGUGGACGCGGCGGUUACGCGGGACAUCAUCUGCAAAUGCAGCAGCACCAUCAACAGCAGCUUCAGCACCAUCAGCAGCAGCAACAGCAGCAGCUCCACGGACAAAACAGCGUGGAGCAUAGCUCGGACGAUAGUGAUUGCGAUUGUGGGAAUGGUAGCAAUGAGGGUCGGUGGGUACCCCGAACGAAACCACGAUCACGGAGUCGCUCGAAAUCUACCGAUCGCAAGUACAACCGUAAUCUCAUACGAUAA